CGGCAACAGUAUUAACCAUUAGUUAAGCAAUGUGUCACAGUGAUCACCGUCAAGAGUGGAAUAUAUCGAUAAAAUAUGAUUUAUUCAACUCAUAGAAGACUAAAACGUGCUUUAAUUAUUUUAAUUAUACUUUCACUUUUGUAUCUCUUUGGAAUAUUUCACCAUGCAUUCGAAAGUGACUUCUACAACGAUUUUCAUUAUCCAUAUGAUGGUGAUAUAGAAAUGUUUAUACAAAAAUUAAAAAAAGAUGUUACACCGGAUAUGAAGCCUAUAAACUCGUAUCAUUUUCAGUACUAUAAGAACUGCAGUAAAAAAUGUACUGAUGUUCAAAAUUUACGAUUAGUGUAUUUGAUCAAAUCUGAUCCACACAAUUUUUAUCGCAGAAUAAUUAUACGUAAAUCUUGGGGGUAUGAACGCAGAUUUGCUGAUAUUGAAAUAAGAACAGUAUUUUUGAUUGGAUUAAGGGAGUCUGAGUCACUACAGAAGUUAAUUGAUGAAGAGAAUCGUAAGUUUUCUGAUAUUGUUCAAGCAAAUUUUUCGGACACGUAUUAUAAUAAUACAUAUAAGACAAUGAUGGGUAUGCAGUGGGUCAUAAAAUUUUGUCCUGACUCAAAAUUUUAUUUGUUUGCUGAUGAUGAUUAUUAUAUUUCAACUAAAAACGUUUUGAGGUUUUUACGUUUUCCAACAAAAUAUCCUCAAUAUCUCAAAGAACCUAUGGCAAAUGUGGAAAGCUCAUUAGCAAGAUAUAGUAGACAAUCAGAUGACGUAAAAUUAUAUACUGGUUACGUUUUCAAGUCAGCUCCCCUUAGAAAUUAUUUCAGUAAGUGGUACGUUUCUUUACAAGAAUAUCCGUACCACAUGUGGCCACCUUAUGUAACUGCCGGAGCAUUUAUUUUAUCAAGAUCUGCUUUGACAGACAUGUACUACUCUAGUUUCUACACUCAACAUUUUAGAUUUGAUGACAUUUAUGUUGGCUUAUUAGCAUAUAAAGCUAAAAUUGAACCACUGCAUUGCGAUGAAUUUCAUUUUUACCGGAAGGCAUAUAACAAACUUAAUUUUGAAUAUACGAUAGCUUCUCAUGGGUAUGGUGAUCCAGAAGAAUUAGUCACGAUAUGGGCAGAACAAAACAGUUUAGGAAAUGCAUGAAUAUUUAUCUUGUAUUUUUUUCCGAUAGGUAGAAUUUGUAGUAUUUCUUAAGUUGUAUGUAUUGUUGAAAUAAAACAUUUAAAGUUUG